CAGAACAAAAAAAAACGGCCAUAUAUAAAAAGGUAACGAUCAUUCCCCCACAACCUCUGCUUGGAGAGUACAACCCAACUUCCGGCUCUCAUCACGGAAGAGGGAGGCCAUGUUUCUGCCUGAGUCAGCAUCCUGACGUCACGUAGCGGUUCCCGCGUUAGUAAACUUCCCUGGUGAUACGUCAGGGGGGUUUUCCAGCUGUGGGCGAGCUGGUGAAUAAUAACAGGAGCCCCGGAGAAUAAUAACAGGGAUAUAAAGGACGUCGUGUACCAGGUACUGCUGCAUUCCAGAUCUGUAUCCAGAACUUGGACGGACACUACAGCUGCCAGUGAGAACACCGGAGGCGCUGAAAUCAGCAUGGGUCUGCUCGCAACUGUUUCCCUUCUUGUGAUCUGCAGUGUAUCUGCUCAGGCGUACGUGUUACCCGGCCGCCCGUACCCGAAGCCGUGGCUGCCGCCGCCCUACCUGCCCCGACCCUUCCCCGAGUACCCGGCUCCUGACGGCAUGGACGGCAGGGUCAGGCGAGCUGUGGACGAAGUCGCCCCUCAGGAGGGACUGUUCUACGUUGACGUCAUCAAUCAGGUGGAGGCGUUCGAGGUCACGGAGGAUGACCUGACAGAUCACGUGACUGCUCUGAUGGACGCAAAGCGGGGUGUUGCCGUGUACAAGGACAUGACGCAGGAAGUCUGCAUGAUCAGCCGCCUGGAUGACAGCAUCCUCCCAGCCAACGCGCAACAGGCCAAGCAGUUCAAAAUCAAGGUCCUGACCCAGGCAGAAGAAGAGGCUUAUAUCAGCGCAGUAGAGGACGCGGGGCAGCGGCCCGUUCUGAUGAUCAGUACCGGCGCACAGGUGGAGAACCUUGGUGAGGUGGCUGGCCAGGCGGCCGCCGACCUGUGCGGGGACUACCCGGCGUACGAGCUGGUACCGGCGGGCCCGCACAGGACCAGGCGGAUCGUGCCGCUCAUCGUGCGCGGGGCCGUCGCGCUCGGGCGGAGCCGGGCGUUCCGGGCGGCCGUGGUCGCGGGGGCCACGCUGCUGUUAACGGGGGACACUCCGGCAGGACGAAACUAACCCGUAGUAAUGCUUAGGUCACAUUUCCAAACCGGGGCCCGGCCGGGCUGUUUGUACGAAUGAAAAGUUAACUGCUGUUAACUGGGGACACUCCGACAGGCCGAAACUAAAACCCGUGUUAACAACUGUGACUUCUUUAACUCAGUUAAAGCAUCUUAGUAUACAGGACGAAACUAACCCGUGUUAACAAUUACAUGCAUUAGUUAAUUCUUUACUCAUAUAUCAGUUCGCCACGCUGCUGUUAACUGGGGACACUCCGACAGGCCGAAACUAAAACCCGUGUUAACAACUGUGACUUCUUUAACUCAGUUAAAGCAUCUUAGUAUACAGGACGAAACUAACCCGUGUUAACAAUUACAUGCAUUAGUUAAUUCUUUACUCAUAUAUCAGUUCGCCACGCUGCUGUUAACUGGGGACACUCCGACAGGCCGAAACUAAUGCUUUGGUCACGUUGCCCAAAUCCGUUCUCGGUCGGGCAGUUUGUGGGGACGAAAAGUAUGAUAUAAAAGACAAUAAAAAACAAAGGAUAGACAUCUAGAUAAUGAGGUAUAUGAGAAAACUGUUACUCAAGAAGGUUGAUAGCAGUUUUCUUGUGAAUAGAAUUAGUAACUAUGCGCAAAUUAUCAGUCACUAUGAGUAUUGUCGACUUCUUUUGCUCAAUUAUUUAGUAUCUUUGGAAAGCGACUAUCCAAAUACUAACAAGUACUUGUUAGUAAACUCGUUCAUUAAAUGUUUAACUACCUCUGUCAAUGAAAUGCAAAGAUAUGUAUAUAUAUAUAUUUGAUAUAGAGAUAAAGUAUUACAAUAUAUUUCAACUUCUAGUUAUCACAUAUCGUUAAAUGCUUUAUGAAUUUUCUUCAAUAAAUUUUUUAAGUUUUAAUCGUGUGUACAGUAUUUUUGUAACAAGGCACACUGUGUGAAGUUAAAUGGACGAAACUGUCUAAUAAAU